AUGACGGAUUUGGGAGGCAUCCAUGCCUUCUUCUCGGGAGCGAGACGCAACAAGUUGCGGUCCCGCUCUUCUUGCGACGUGCCGACAGAAGGACUGGCACCUCGUUGCGAAGUGGUGUCAAUAGGAGAACCGACACCACUAUUAGCGCCCGAGUAUUGUGACUUCGAGCGCCUUCGCUUCGGCGAUGGUUCAUCUGAUUCAUCAGGUGAACCACAGAUGCUGCGACGCAUAGCAUCAUCCAUGCCACGCUUGGCAGGCGGCUUGGAUUAG